GACUAGAGCGCCCUAGCAACGACACGUCAGUCAGGACCGAACAGCCAGAGAAACAGUGACAACGUACUCGUGCUGAACCCAGUAGCUAACGAAGAUGGAGAUGAUACAGCUGUACCUGGUUGUGGUUACCUUAGCAACAGCGCACGCUGCCUGCACGUUCCCUUCCGGCCUGCAAGGAACAUGGACGACCGAAAAUGACGCCAUCACCGUCAAUUCGACCCACUUGUCUGGCUUCUCUGUUGAUAUAUACCAACACCUUGAUUUCACCUGCUUCUUGACCAACGGGAAUAACUACGCCAUGAAAUCAAGCCAUAAAGAGAUGCUAUUCGGACAGGAGGUGUACAUCUUCAUCUGCUGGGAGCUCGUGGCAGAGUCCUCGGAUGUGUGUAGAUUCUAUGAACUAGCCAGACACGUCAGUGAGAGCUCCCCGGAUAAAGCCCGGGCAUUCUUCCCCGGAAACUCCCCACCCAUGAGUUCGAUUUGCCAAGAGAGCGACGAUGGAACGAUCUCACCCAGAUAUCUGCGCAAGACGACAUAGGGGCCGAGGACCGGAAUCAGAUUGGAUAAACAAUGGACCCGGAAGUAGAUCACUGAUGACAUUUUGUGAUAUUUUUAACUCGAAAUAAGAUAUGGUAUAUUCCUUUGAAAGAAGUCGAACUACGAGAUAUAAGUCGGAAAAAUAAAGUUUUAUAAUUAUC